GGUGUCGCCUGUCGCGCCGCUAGCUACUACUCGGUGUGUCGUGAAUUGUCAUCCGAAUAACCAGCCUGCCACCGCCUUAGAUUGGUAGGCAUGGCGGCUCACGCCUCCUGCGACGUCGCUGCCGGCGCUGCGACGCCGACGGGGGCGGCGAGCAGGCGCGUUGGGUUGAGAAGGCCGUCGAGGACGACGCUGAAGAAGAAGGCGAGGAAGCUGAUGAGGAAGGCCGGCGGCGGGAAACGCCCGAGGCCGUCGUUGUCGAGGACGAAGCGCGUCGCGGCGAUCAGGAGGAAGAUGGAGGCGCUGCGGAGGCUCGUGCCGGCGGCGGCGCCCUGCGGCGGGGAGGAGCGGCGGGUGGACGACGGCCGCCUGGAGGAGCUGCUCCUGCACGCCGCCGGCUACAUCCUGCGCCUCCAGAUGCAGGUCCGGGUCAUGCAGGUCAUGGUCCACGCGCUCAACGAUGAUGACCCCGAGGAUUGAUUUACGAUCUUGCUCUCUUCCGGGCCGGGUCAUGUGCAUUCCUUUUAUUCUUUUCUCUUCUCUUCGCAUGGUUUGUGCAGAUCAUUGGUUUGUCGAAAUUCAUGAGUGGGUUUGGAAAUAUUUGUGACAACAUACU